AUGAUGUCUGAAGAAACAAUUUUACUUGAAGCUUUAUCAUCAUCAGAUUUCAAAACAUCGAUUCAUGACAAGAAACAAAUAGAUGUAAAAGAAACUAAAACUGUUAUUGAAACCAAACAACAAUUGGGUGAAACAAUAAAUCCAGAUGUAUUGGAAAAUAAAAAUGAUAAUAAUGAAUCACUUUUAUCUUUAGUAAAACGUAUGUCAACAGAACAACGUAAAAAGGUGAUUGAAUCACUCAAACAAAAUGGUUUAACCAAUCCAUUAACCAAAGAAAAAAUUAUUCAAAAUGCUUUUACUGUCGAAAAAGUUAUUCGAGACAAUGUUUAA